ACAGCAAUGGCGACCAUGAUGCAGACAGCAGCCGGCACGAACAAUAUGCUGCAAUUUAUGAAACUUAUCGGACAACUUAAAAGGGUCCCACGGACCGGCUGGGUGUACAGGAAUGUGAAGAAACCAGAGAGUGUGUCAGACCACAUGUACCGCAUGGCGAUGAUGUCACUGACCAUCACCGACCCCACAGUGGACAAGGACAGGUGUAUAAAGCUGGCUCUGGUUCACGACAUGGCAGAGUGCAUUGUGGGAGAUAUUGCUCCGUCAGACAACGUCAGUAAAGCAGAGAAACACAGGAGAGAAGAGGAAGCGAUGAGACAUCUAUCAGGUCUUCUGCCAGAGGGGCUUAAACAGGAGAUUUAUGGACUGUGGGAGGAAUAUGAAACCCAGAGCAGUCCGGAGGCCAGGCUGGUGAAACAGUUUGACCUCCUGGAGAUGAUCCUGCAGGCUCAUGAGUAUGAAGAGUUAGAAGAAAUGCCCGGAAGACUUCAGGAAUUCUUUGACUCCACCGACGGUCGUUUCCACCACCCAGAUGUGCUCCAGCUGGUCAGCUCUUUGAAUGAAGAAAGAGGACGUCACAUGACUAAAACUGAUGGCACAAAGAAUUCUGGGAACUCGCAGACCACUGGCGCAGUAUCUUCGCAGCCGCCACACACGACUUCACACACAUCCUGACUAUAACACACACACCAGCACCUCUUUAGUGGAGGGACAGAAAUACUGGACUGCGCACGCAAGACUGCGUCAUAAGACCAGACACGUGAGAGGAUAUGGAAAAACUGUAUUUUGGGAAUUUCGAUUGCCAUUGACAGUUGUCUUUUCUGUUUUACCUCAGUGUGUCUGAGCUUGGUUCAGCUGUAAUGAAGGACUUUCAGUUCACCGCUGCAAGGUUUAAUCCAUGCUGUCCUGGAAGGAACAGUAUCACUAUCUAUCAUCAUCUGUAAUAAAUACACUCUGCCCGGUACUAAUGCAAAAACUGCCGGAUAAUAUAUCAACACAAUAUAGUGAAAUGUUUCUGUAAAUGGAUUGAAAGUGUAAAAACCUAUAUAAAUUUCAAGAUGAUGUUCUGACAUUAUCACAUUAUUUACUGUUAAUGUCAAGAGAAAUUUGGGGAACUAUGCCCAACAUGUUCUAUACAUCAAAAGGCUUUAUUGCAUGUUUCAAAUCCACUGACAGACAUUUUGUUUUUUUAAAUAUAUAUUAUCUGGCAGCUAUGACAUAAAAGAGGUUUCCAUAAAAAAAAAUGACAAUGUUGCUUCAGCAUUAUUCCACUUAUGCUGCUAGUGUUAAUGCAUUUUCUCAUUCUACGAUAUACAGAACAUGUUAGAAAUCUACAUUGUUGGUAGCCGUAACAUCAACAACAUCCUCAGGAACUUGAAGCUUUGCUGACAAAAGAAAACUGAUUAUUUUAAGUCAAUCAUUUUUUAAACUACCAUAUUAAGAUGUUGCAUAGAGCUUCAGUUGCAAGUUGUUACAUUUAUUACUGUUUGUUUUCAACAGGUUCAGUCACAGUUCUCAGUGUUUAUUGUAAAAACAGUCAUC